UAUUGGCUUUCAGCUAAAAGCUUUUUGUUGCAGUGGAGAGCUGUUAGGCUGUUACCAAGGCAACUUGACAUCAUAGUGACGAACUUCCCCACUUAAAAGCUUUUAACCGGAUCUCUGAACCACAGAGCUAGGCCCCAAUUCCAGGCCUCUUAACUAAAACUAUAUGGGAAAGACUUUGGAGCUGUGGUGAUAUAACAGAGCCCUGCAGUCUGGAAAACCUGGAGGCCUGCUCUUUGUGCAGGUCUUAAAAAAAAAAAAAAAAAAAAAAAAAGAUUUGCAGUGGCUUAUUUUUUGUUUGCAUGUAGAUUGAUUUUAAAAGAUUUUGCUGUCUGUAAAAUGGCUGAUGAAGAUAAUUUCUGUUAUGAAAUUUUACCUCAGAAUGAAAAACACAGAAGGGCCAGGAACUGGACAGAUGCUGAAAUGAGGGGUUUGGUGUAUGUCUGGGACGAAUUUGUUACUGAACUGAAAAAAGCAAAAAGGAAUGCUAAAAUAUAUGAAAAAAUGUCUAAAAGAUUUUUUGAACUUACUGGUGAACACCGUCACAGAGAGGAAAUUAAGAUGAAAAUUACGAACAUGACCUUCCAGUACAGGAAAAUGAAAUGCACAAGUGAUGGAAAGUCGACCCCUUCUGACUGGCCGUAUUUCAACUCCAUUGAUAAUAUACUUGCCAAGGGAUCAGAUCCCAGCAACAUGAACAAGUAUGACAUAUUGCACUGUGGACCUUCAACCUCCCACACAAAUGCAUCGCCAUCACUGCCUACCAAUUCUCCGCCACCCCACUUGCCUGAAUACACAGGGUCCUCUGAAGAAAUAGAAAGAUACGAUGAGGAAGUGGGUUCACAGAGUUCAAUCAGCGCUGUGUCUCUGGAGACAAGAUCAGGACCACUCAAGCGAAGGAAAAGGGUCUCCUCCACUCUGAAAAAAAAGAAGCUGAAGGUGAUGGAAGCCAUGCUGGUUGAGCAGAAGAAGAUGAGCAGGGCUGUGGAGGAGACCUGCAGAGAGGUGCGCAGAGUCAUGCACCAGCAGAACUUUCUCCAAGUACAGUGUCUGCAGCUCCAAGAGCGCAUGAUGAACCUUCUAGAGAAAAUGAUCUCCCCCACCACUCCCCAGAGCUAGCCUCCAACCUCAUUAUCAGACCGAUUUUAAUCAAGUGGAGACAUCCACAUCGAUUGUGACUACUUCACUAUGCUCACAGAAUCCAUGUUGGUGGUAGCGUCUCAUUUAUGUUAGAAGUGACAGAUUCAAUUUUUUCACCAAGAUCUUUGGAAAAAGGGCUGUGCUGAGAAAAGGUGGUUUCAAUGCUGUACUGGUUUGAAAUGUGUAGUGUUUUUGUUGGUAAGUUGUGAAAUGGCUGAAAGCUAUUGCACAAGGUGCUGAACAUCCCUGUGAGACUUUGAACAUACCCUAGGUUUGUCUACUUAGCAUAACAAGUACAGUGAGCAUGAAGAAAUGACAUCCUUAACAAAUUGUUGGUUUGCUGUAACCCGAUUUCUAAAGUUGAGUAGGUAGGUUGGAGAGUCAACUGUUUUGCUGUAAUAAAAAAAUGAUAAACGAGUGCAUAGAAGAAAUCUUUGGGUAGGGAUUAAAAGGAUGGGUUAAGGCAAACCAACAUUUAAGUUCAAACAUAAGAAUCAGAUUAUUUAAAAUAAGUUUACAAUAUAAUUUGGUUUCACCUAAUUUGUUAGUUCUUAUGUGUUUACUUCUUGUUGUAAAUAAGAUAAAGAAUAAUAACAAGCCUACCCCUAUACUGUAAGUAAAUCAUGCAAUCCUUCAGUCACAGGCCUCUUCUUAAUAAUGCAAUCAAUCAGACUACACAGGACAGCAAUUUGUUGUCAUGCUGUUUUGGAGUGCUACAAAUAUUUUACUUUUAACGUGAAAAGCAUUAGUUUAGCAGGCUAUUCUGCUGUUGAAUGAGGAUCAUAGGACUAUAUAUUAUUAAUCUUAAAACUAAAGACUUAUUGCCUAAAAAAAGCCAAAAAAGCUAUUUCCGAAUGCCAAAGUAUUUUAAAAGUUCAACUUCUCUUGAUUCUCACUAUUCUGGAAAUGAAAAUAAUCCUGCCAGCUAUGAGCAUGUAAGCAGUUCUGUGUUUGAUACUUUGUCUUAAAAUAAGUGCAUUUUUCAAAAUCAAGUGUGUUAGGUACUAAUCCCUGCUAGCCAUCUACAUAUAAAAAAAAAUGAUGCGGUAUAUAUUUUUUUAAUACACGAAAACCUGUGCUGUGACUGACUUCUUUCCACUGUGAUUGUAUUGUAUUGCAUUUAUCACCAGCCAGAUUAACACACCUUUUAUAUCAUUAAAAUAGACCCCUGUUAAAGGACUGUGUUUAUCUAAUCCCUACGUAAAUUGAUAAGACAUAAAA